AUGGUGGUGAACCACAAUCUUCACAUGGAACUUAAUGGCGAGCUUGCAGACAAAGAGAGGUAUCAACGGCUCGUGGGCAAGUUAAUUUAUCUCUCACACACUCGCCCUGAUAUAGCUUAUGCUGUUGGAGUGGUAAGUCAGUUUAUGCACCAACCACAAGUUGCUCACAUGGAAGCUGCUCAAAGAACUCUAAGGUACCUAAAGGGAACCACAGGCCAUGGAGUGUUGUUCAAAGCAAAUAGACAUUUAAAUAUUGAGCUUUACACUGACGCCGACUGGGCAGGAGAUAAGGGAAAUCGAAGGUCAACAUCAGGAAACUUCUCCUUGGUUGGUGGAAACCUUGUUACUUGGAGGAGUAAGAAACAGAAGGUGGUCGCUCUGUCAAGUGCAGAAGCAGUGUUCAGAGGCAUAGCUCGAGGGUUAAGCGAAGUUUUUUGGAUCAGGAAACUUCUAGAAGACAUUGGUUUCUCCUAA